AUGAGGGAACGAGAACGUUAUAAAGAUAAAGGACAUGACCGUACUAAAGAUAAACAUCGUGAUCGUUCCACUAGUUUAACUAGAGCACGUAGAGGUAGAUCUCGAAGCUCAUCACCAAGAGCAAGGCGUGAACCACGUGAACAUUCAAGAAGUCCACGGCGUGUUCGUUCUCGAAGUACUUCACCGAGGGCGAGACGUGAUGUGCGCAAAAGAAGCCGCUCCCGUCAGCGUCAUUCAAGAUCAAGAUCACCAGUAAGACGACAUUCAAGAGAGAGGCGUCGUUCUAGAAAUCGUGAUUUAAGAAGAUCGAGGUCAAAAACUCCGCCAAAAAAAGACAAAAAAUACACAAGGUCUGUCCAACACACUGCUCCUAAAGUUACAGAAGAAGAUCUGCGUGGAAAAACUGCCGAAGAACAAGAAAUGAUGAAAAUGAUGGGAUUUUGUAACUUUGACACAACUCAUGGUAAAGAAGUAGACGGCAAUAAUGUUGGUGAUGUUCAUGUUAUACUUAAACGUAAAUAUCGACAGUACAUGAACCGUAAAGGUGGAUUUAAUAGACCUCUAGAUUUUGUAGCUUAA